CGGAGAUUUGACCGUAGUUACUGAACCAAAGUACAUUGUCUCCGAAAAUUAUACUGCUGUUGCUCGCUCCGCAACAUCGAAUGCCAAGACUGAAGUGGUCGGCGUUCCUGAGAGCAGACCCCGAUCAGACGAUAAUCUUUGAGCAUCACAUUAAAGUCGCAUUGUGCAUCCACGAACGCCUAAUCGGAUACUUCAAGCUGCUUGCCGCAUAACUGUAUCCUCCGCGACCCCUGUCCCUCUUUCUCGUCCCCCAAAGUGCGUCGAAUCGCCCCACGCCCCGCGAUUCGCAUCGCCGCCGCUCCGCACUCAGUGCAGCAUGCUCCGGUAGCAAUGCUGGCUCUCUGGUCCCGGGCAACGCAGAACCCGGGAUCCUGCCGAUGCAUUGUCUGCGGCAGUCGGACAGUGCACAAUGGCUCACGAAGCUCACUCCGUCAUCGAACGUCAACAAUUGUCCAUACAACCACCCCCGCCGCUGGGAUCGCCAUCGAUGCGCAGGCAAGGCAGAGUGGCCGCCUGUGGGAGGAGGCCAUUGAAUCGCUGAAGGAGGCUCUGGAACGCCCUUUAGCCCGCCCAUUGAAGACCAGAGGGCAGGCAAACGUUGAACAUGAGUCUGUCGACCAUAUUCCGCUCGAGAGACUGCCGCGUGACCUGGAUUGGACUCGCCUCAGUCAGGUCGCGGGCAUGGACCUCGCGGACGAUCAGAGGCUGUUCCACAGAAUGCACUCGCGGGCCUACGAUGACCCGCAUGGCACAUGGGACGAGCUUCGUUGGGAUUCCAGGUUCCCAGGUAUGCAGCAGCUUCAGUGGCCGGCGAACACAGGUCAUCGAGUGAAGCCAUACAAUCUGCCACCGCAGUCACUGUGGGCUCCAGAUAUGGUCCGGUUGGCAGCGAUGCGGAGAAGACAUACCUGGAAGAAGCUUACUAUGCAAGAGUUGUGCACUGCAGUACUUAUAUAUUCACUUCUGCGACGCGUCCGUGUCCCAUGGCAACCGCAAUCAGGGCUGUCGCCACAGAUCGAGAGGGUCGCUGCUUUCGACGACACACAAGCGUGGAAAGCGCGGAAAGAGAUAUUGGCGAACAUUGUCCGACUGCACCUAGUUCCUGGGGAUGCCGUCGGCGACGAAGCUCUGGAAGCGCAGAUCUAUCCAGAUCAACCUGCAAUUCCGCGCUAUCACCAAGACCCCGACGGCGACUUCUACGAGACCACACAACGGCUGAACAGCGGUCUCAAAGAACUAUUGCGCCACGAUACGAGAGGCAGGAAAGAGGACAGGAUAGCUGCAGACGCACUCGCCAAGAUUUGUCACAACCUCUUUGUGUCCUCAGCUCCGCCAGACGUCCAGACAUUCAACAUACUCAUCGCCGGCUUUAAACGAUGGCGCCGUCCUGAAAUGGUGGAUGAUGUUAUCCUCGCUUUUCACGCCUCCAAAAUACGGCCCAACGAGAUUACCCUCCGCUACAUCCUAGGCCACUACAUAUCUGAACGACGUCCUGACGGCUUCUCUCGGUUCGUCGCAUGGAUGCGUGGUGUUGGCGAUGCGCUGAUGCUCGCAGACCCGGACGUCACCAUUAAUGAAGCAAGUCAGGGUCGUCUCAUGCCCAUAAACGAGAAGAAGAUCUACCAGAAGGUGUACCCAACACCAAUGGUAUUCGGUGCUUUGAUAGGUGGUGUGGUGAAGUUUGGCGGCUUCGAUCGCGCUCUCGAAGUCUACUACGAGAUGAAAGCCGACGGCUGGGGUCUCGACAUGGCCGGUCUUACACGACUGCUAGGCGACUGCAUCCGCCGAGCCGACUGGCAGGGUGGUGUGUAUGUCUGGGACGAGAUCAACAGCAUCAAAGACAUGGCCAUGCCAAAAGACAUGGCCAAGGCAUAUGAGUUCAUGCUCAGUCUGUGUUCAGUGACUGGCAACACAAGCGCCUUCAAUCAGGUCCUCAAAGAGGUCGCGAACAGAGGCUUUGACCGACAGAACAUCAUCAGUAACGCGUUGAGAACGACACAAUGGGCGCAAGCCAAGAAGGCAAAUCUGGCACCGGCUUGGGCUGCAGACAAUCUGCUCAUCGCAGUUUCCAGCUUCGUCAAGGACUUGAAAGAACCGGAACCUGGCGCAACUCCAGAGUUCAGCAUCGACGACCUGAUGUAUGGUGCACCGGUCGUUGAAGGAGAUAGCGACAUGCCGGUGGACAACCUCAGCGACUGGGAGGACAGUAUCCCUACGGAAGUCUCAGAGCAGCGGCCAACCGAUCUCAAUAAGACGUGGGCAUCGUGGGUCGAAGCCGAGUUUGGAGAGCGGCCCAAAGACCCGGAUGCUCACGAUUGGCUGGCAGCGACCACGAGUAAGCCGGUUAAAGAUGAACCAAAUCCCACAGCAUCAAAAGAAGUCUGGGAAACAUGGCUUGAGGCCGAGUUUGGAGAGAAGCCGAAAGAUCCAGAGUCCUGAGCGAUCCACACAUACCAUGCUCGUCGCACUGCAUAAAUUGAAGCAUUAGAUUGACGUUUUGGUUGCAUCGGGUCUGGUUGGAUAUACCUUUGCGUGUAUAAUGGGGGCACACGAGAGCGUCUAGAACUCCGCCUGUAGAGUAUGUAAGUGUGUACAGAGUUGUGAGGUCGGAGGUUGGAUGAACCUUGUCAGGCCAAGACAAUGUACAUUUAGCCGUACUAUACGAAGUAUAAAUAUAUAAUCCUCG